UGAGGGAAGUGAAGAGAGGAGUGGAGAGAAUGAGAGCGGAGGAAAUAUUUAUGGGGAGAGACGGAGGGAGAGAGAUGGGAAGGAAGGGAGGUAGAGACAGAGAGAUGGAGGAAGAGAUAAAAAGUUGAAGAAGAGGGGUGGGCUGUGAGGAUGGACAGAAUCACAGGAGAGUGAUGAAGAGGGAGAGAGAGAGGGAGUGGCAAGGACUAUGGAGGGAGAGAAAGAGGAGGGGAAGUAUAGAGAGAAGUGAAGGUGGAGAGGGUGAGAAAGAAAGAGAGAGAGUGAUUGGGAGAGAAAGUCAGAGAGGGAUGGUGAGAGAGUGAAAGAAGGACUGGGAGACAAAACUGGAAAGAGGGAGGUAUAGAGAGGAGUAAAGAAGGUAGGGAGGGUGAGAAAGAAAGACAGAAAGGGAGGGAGAGGGAUGGUGAGAGAGAAAAAGAAGCACAGGGAGACAAAACAGGAGAGAGGGAGGUUUAGAGAAGAGUAAAGAAGAUGGAGAGGGUGAGAAAAAACAAAGAGAGUGAAAGAAAGAGGGAGAGAGUGAGUGAGUGGGGAGAGAGAAAGUCAGAGAGAAAUGGUGGGAGAGAGAAAGAAAGACAGUGAGACAAAACAUGAGAGAGGGAGGUUUAGAAAGGAGUAAAGAAGGUGGAGAGGGUGAGAAAGAACAAAAUAAAGAGAGUAAGUGGGGAGAGAGAAAGUCUGAGAGAGGGAUGGUGGGAGAGCGAAAGAAGGACAGUGAGACAAAACUGGAGAGAGGGAGGUUUAGAGAAGAGUAAAGAAGAUGGAGAGGGUGAGAAAGAACAAAAAAAAGAGAGAGAGAGUGAGAGAAUCAGUGAGUGGGGAGAGAGAAAGUGGGAGAGAGGGAUGGGCUGUGGAGGUGGCUCUUCUGGGACGCGACAGAGGAUAGACGGACGCAGACGGAGCCACAGACGGAGGAGAGGAGAGAAGGAGUCGAGACAGAGGAUAGAGGAUAGACGAUAGACAGAGCUGCAGACGGAGGAGAGAAGGAGCCAUGCCCAAUUUCAGCGGGACCUGGAAAAUGAAAAGCAGUGAGAAUUUUGACGAACUGCUCAAAGCUCUGGGUGUGAACGCGAUGCUUCGUAAAGUGGCCGGAGCCGCAGCCUCCAAACCCCACGUGGAGAUCAGGCAGAGCGGAGAACAUUUCUACAUUAAGACCUCCACCACCGUGCGCACCACCGAGAUCAACUUCACCAUCGGGGAGGAGUUCAACGAGGAGACGGUGGACGGACGCAAGUGCAGGAGUCUGGCCACGUGGGAGACAGAAAACAAGAUCUACUGCUCCCAGGUUCUACUGAGCGGCUCCGGGCCCAAGACCUACUGGAGCCGCGAGCUGAGAGGGGACGAGCUGCAGCUGAUCUUUGGAGCGGACGACGUGGUGUGCACUCGGAUCUACGUGCGAGCGUAGCACCAGACUCCUCCUCUUCCUCCUCUUUGUGCCAUAUCCAUUCAUGUCAGCUGUCUGUUCACUUUUCACAUGUGUUGUUGUGGGUGGGGCUGCACAGGAUGGCUAAAUAAUUAUUGCAAUAUCCCUUUAAUCUGGAUCAUUUUCCUUUGUGUUUGUAGCCCAACAUAGCCUAUGUGUGACUAACAUUUAGUACACUUGUUUUUGUGGGGUUUUGUGCAAAUAGUUUGUUCUUCAUUUAGUCAUAAAUUUUUGAUGGCUUGUCUGGGAUCUUCCACAGUAUGGCAUUAAAUUAGGGUGACCAGAUGUCCCUAUUUACCUGGAUCAGUCCCAGUUUUGAGCCCUGUGUCCCCUGUCCCAGCAGAUUUAUACAAAACCUGUGAUUUGUCCCAGUUUUAUACAAGAAAUGUCCCAGGUGUCCCUAUUUUUGACCAAUCUGAUCUAAACCAGGACUAAAACAGGACUAUCAUCAUUUUUGACUAAUCUCCGCCAACAGUAAAGAGGAGCAUAAAUUGUCAUUUCAUUUGCUAAAAUACAGAAAACGUGUUUGCUUGGGAUGUAACUAACAGAAAUAUUGUGAUAUCAUGUCAUCAAAGUUCUUACAAUAAUAUCGUGGACCUUCACAAUAUAUUGAAUUACAAGUGUCUUUGCUUAAAUGAAGAGUUAUGGUACAGCAAUAGCUAAAAACUACAUAGACCAUGAUCCUGUGCUCCAUUUCAGUGUAGACUACAAGAAGAAAUUACAGUUCUAAGCACUUUUAAGUCUUAGUUCUUUGGAUUAAGUCUUGUCAAGACAUUUUAAGAGGAAAAAGUAGCAUUUUAACAGUUUUAGCUGUUUAGUCUCCACAAAAUAUCGCAAUAAAUAUCAUGCCGUGAGAUGUAUAUCGUGAAAAUAUCGUACUGAGAGAUUUGGAUAUUGUUACAUCCCUCAUCGUGAGCCUCCCCACCAUAUCGUGAGCUUUCCCACCAUAUCGGAAUAAAUAUCGUACCAUGACAAUAUCGUACCGUGAGACUUGGAUAUCAUUACACCCUUAGUAUUUGCUAAUGAUAAUAAAACAAACCAAAAAAAAUGCAGUGACAGAAGCUUCUCAGAUUAUGCACAAUGUUAGAUGCUCUUUUCACUAUUUCUUCAUACCAAUCAUCCCAACCCGGGUGUGUCCCAGUUUAGAAUUUGGAAAAUCUGGUCACCCUACAUUAAACUCAUCUAUCUCCACGUAGAGCUGCAGGUGAUGUCAAAGGUUAAAGUUACAGGUCAAGAUCUGUGGAGAAACCAGCCUGUUCAGUGUAAGAAUGCAUGACAAGAUGAAGGUGUUAUGUUUAGUUUUGUUAUUUUUUUGCCUUAAAAACACCAGCAAAUUGAAUACAUGUAAGAUAGUCUGAUGCCAAACUGUGGAACAUUCCAGGCAAACCAGUAAAGUUUUUGUUUUAAUUUAACUGAACACAGUGUUAUGAGCAGCAUCCCAGACUUUUUUCUGUUUGCAAUUUUAUGAAAGGUUUGACCAGGCUACGAUGUGACAGAAAUGGAUCAGUCUGAAAAAUUUCAUCCAGAUGCCCCAUCAGUGGUCCAGUCUGCCAAAAUCUACAGAAAUCACCGCUGUAGACCUGAUCUGAAUACUAAGGAAGAGACUCGAUACUCAGUACAACGUGUGAGACCACAAUAAUUAUUAUAAAAACCCUGUUUAUUUAGACAGUAGAAUGUGAUUUUCCACAUUAAAUUACAGUACUUUCUUUCCUGUUACCAUGUGGUUUCACAUCUGUAAUAACUGUGGUCCGUGGGCGUAGACUAGUUCAUUUGGUUUAUGGUUUGGUUUAUCUGGAACAUUCUAGAGCGAUUCAGGAAAGGUUCAAUACAAAUGACCAUCUAGUUUUGAUAGUACUUUUAGUAUCGAGUAGUGUCAGUAAUAGUGUAAUUUUCAAUACUCUUGGCAACGCUAGUUUAGGGUGACCAGAUAUUCAAAAUUAAGAGCAGUAAACAUUGUCCUCUCUCAACUCACACAUGCACCAGUAUUUGAUCUGAUGGACUUUUUUUUUUUAACCGUAUGCAUAUUUUCAAGCAUGUUUUUUUGUAAUUUAGCUGAGAAAGGACAAAAUAUUGGCUCCUUCGCUGCUGGUGGGUAACAAGUUGGUCAAAAAUAGGGAUAAUUGGGACAUUUCUUGUGUAAAACUGGGACAAAUCACUGGUUCUGGAUAAAUAAAAUACAGGGCUCAAAACUGGGACUGUCCGGGGUAAAUAGGGACAUCUGGUCACCCUGCUGUAGUUUGUGUUCAAGUGAAGGCUGCCCAGGAAACCUAAGUGACCUACAUGAGCAUAGAUCUUAUCAGCUGACAUUAGUGGAGGAUAUUGUAGUUUUAGUCAUAAACAUAGAAAACCACUUAAAACAUUUGAUUAGUGAAAGGACGAGUCUGUGCACUUUUUACUUCUAGUCAAAGUAGAGUUUAAUGCCAAACACCAGACUACACUCAUGUACAACAUCUGAAACAUGAACACAUACAAACUUUAUGUACAGUCGCCCCCUGGAGGUGGCUCUCUGACACUACACGCAGUACAAAAAUAAAAGUAUGAAACGGCUCCGAUUGUCUGUAGCUGGACUCACUGCAGGAAAUGUGGAAUUUUUGUAUGUUUUUUUCCCCCCCCAUUCUAUCACAUUUUCUAAAAUUGUCACUUUUAAACAUUUCAAAAUAAAAGCUUGUUAUUUUA